AUAGUAAUAGUAACUUACAAUAGCCAUACUAGUUGGUACUCGUGCAAUACGUGUUAUUAUGCGAACGCAGCCGUUAAGUACUAGUUUAUUUGUAAAAAUUCACAAAUUUUUGUCAUGACAAACGAAGAUAUCGCAUGGGAGGAGUUAUCAAAAAUAUCUGCAGAUCCUCCUGAAGCAAGAGACAAAUGUAUACAAUGCAAAAGACCGGUAGCAGUUUGUUGGUGUCCUGGACUUCCAAAGCAACGACUAUGUCCUGAAUCUAGGAUUAUUAUUUUACAGCAUCCAGCAGAAGUAAAACGUUGUUUACGCACAGCUCCUAUGUUAGCCCUUGGUUUAGAAGAUGGAAAGUGUAUGACCUUUAGAGGGAAAAAAUUCCCAUUACCUAAACAUGAAGGUUUAGCAGAAAUUUUAAAUGACAAAGAUACAAUUUUAUUGUAUCCAUCACCUGGAGCUAUGGCUCUGAAUAAAUUGGAUCCAGUAGGUACAAAUGGACAAAGACCAUAUAAUUUAGUUUUAUUGGAUGGUACUUGGCCACAGGCAAAGGCUAUAUAUCAUGCAAGCCCAGCAUUAUAUUUACUUCGAGCUUAUAAACUAGUGGGAGUACCAGCAAGUGAAUAUGUCAUACGAACACAACCGACUGAAGGUUGCUUAUCCACUCUUGAAACAGGUGCAUUGGCACUUUCGAUUUUAGAAGGAAAUCAACAAUUAAGAAAUAUUAUGCUUGGCCCUUUGCAUUACCUCUGCAGAUUUCAACUUGAAAAUGGGGCAGUAACACAUCAGAGUAAAGAGUUUUUGAUCAAACAGAAGACUUAUCCUAAACUUAUAGGCAGACGAUUAGCUAAACAAUUGCGAAUGUUACCAGAGGAAUCCUAGUAGAGUAAUGCAUAAAAUAAAUUAUUAAAAUAAGUUUUUACAACGAAUGAGUAUAAAAAUGAUAUAAAGUAACAUUUAUUUUUUAUUUAAUAUUUUCAAUUAAGAUAAUCACCAUUAAUGUUAACCAUUCUUAUUUUGUUUUCUGGUAUUUAUCUUAAAUUGGAACUCUACAGUUCCAUGUUGUGGUACAAAAACAAAGGACCACGAUAAUAUGUCUGUACAUGAAACAUUUUUAAUGUUUCGAAAGAUAUGUACACCUUGCCUAGUGAAUCUAUCCCAUAAUAUUCUUUUACCAGGCACUAUUUUUUGAGUGGGGCCACAAGAUACAUUUAUCUCAGAAUCUAAUUGCCAAUCCACCCACAAUGCAACUCCAUUGCAUGAACCACUCCUAAAUAUAAAGAAUAAUUUUU